CAGACGAAGGAUGGAGCUGAGAGGAGCCUGUGUUGUGCUGGGGCUGCUGCUGCUGCUCAACGUCUCUGUGCAACAAAACCCAACCAAGAGGAAACCACCCAAGAAAGAGGAAACCAAAAAUACAGCAAUUGAGGAUCUACAAAAACAGAUCAAUGACAUCGUCCAGGAGAUGAACUUACUGAAGGAGCAGCAGGCACUCCAGACAGUCUGUUUAAAAGGCAUCAAGGUCCUCAACAAAUGCUUUUUGGUCAAUUCGGUAAAGAAGAGGUACCACACCGCGAGCGAGGACUGCAACUCCAUGGGAGGAGUCCUGGUCGCGCCAAUGUCCAGCUCUGAAAACAGUCAACUUCUGGACUACAUUCGGCAGAGUUUGGGGCAGGAGGAGCAGGUGUGGCUGGGAAUCAAUGAUAUGAUUACAGAGGGGGACUGGAUCGACCAAACAGGGAUGAAAAUCACAUACAAGAACUGGGACACGUCCAACUAUAGGUCCCGUCAACCAGAUGGGGGUAUGUCUCAAAACUGUGCUGUCUUGUCCGCUGGGUCCAACGGGAAAUGGUUUGAUGAAAACUGUAGGGAAGAGAAAGCCUCUGUUUGUCAGUUUAACAUUGUCUGAAAAUAUUUGGGUUCACCGAUUAUACAACGGCAUUUUGUAAUAAGGCAGGAUUUUGUAAAAAAGUUUUAAAAGUGUACUGUGUAACAUUUUCUGUGGAGGUCUGUUUCCUGCUUAUGUCUAUGGAAACGUUAUUGCUUUGCUAUGUCACUUCAGAUUACAGGUCAGAUCUGCGGAGAGGUGCUCACGCUCACAAUGAGAAUUAGUUUUUUGGGCAUUAAUACACCUGGAAUUCAAUAAAUGUAAGAUAUAUUAGUUUAAUGCCAUACUGUGGAACAUUCCUGGUAAAACAAUAAUCUAAAUAAUAAAUAAUAAAAAUAAAUCUCCAUGGUGGACCCUCAACCAGAAAUGUUACAUUGUGCACCUUCAAAGUGUAAAAGAGCUGUUAUUUUUGUAAUUAAACCAAAGUUAUUAUUGAUUUGCUGAAAUUUGUAAUAAACUUUGUCAACAAAUUAUCUAUUG